CUAUAACUAUGCCCUCAAAAUUGUCUACCGAUCGUUUCAAGAAAUUAAAUGAACAGUAUUUAAGCUUGGACCUUAGCUGGAUAGUACCUAUAUUAUCUAUAUCUGUGGUGUACCAUAAUAUAAGGUUUGUAGUAUUAUAUAUUAUGAUGGUCUUUUGUCGAGAUGGCUUUUUGUCAUGUUUUAAGAUAAUCAUAAAUCUUGCUUUAUGUCAAUGUGCUAACGUGGCGAUACUAACAACUAAUGUAAAAUUGAACUAGACACUUUACCUUAACCUUCGUGAAGUGUCUAGUUCUACACAAAUGAACAAAUCCGUUGAGACGCAUUGGGGCUUAUAAAGGAAAAAAAUCAUCAGCGGCCCACAUCACCAGUUGGUAAUUUGGUAUCUCAUUUCUCUGACUUUUGUGGAUAGUCUCACGCUCAUUAUGUCGUUUAUAUCUAGUCCUGAGUCCUGUAUAUGUUAGUCCGUUAUGUCUUUAUAGAUAAUUUUUUUUAUAGUAAAAGACUAUGGAUGUUUAUAAACACGUGUCUAUAAUAAUCUUAUCAUCAUGUAUGUUAUUUUGCAAUAUUAUUAUCACAGAUUAUGUUUUAUAUAUAUAUAUCUGUGUUAUUAUCAAAGACAUAUUAGGUCUAUGGUUAUUAUAGGGUUGUUGGCUAUUGUUAUUGUUGUUAGGUCUAUGGUUGUAUUACUAUUUCAGAGGAGCGUGUUCAUUAGUUUUCUCUGGCCAUUCUAUGCCACUAACUAUAGAUUAAACCAUUGGUUUUGUUGCGCUAUAACGGCAGAAUAUUGUAGUGCCAUGUGUGAGUAUAAUCUGUGGCGGGCGGAUGAGGAAAAAAACCGAUUUAAAUGAUGUGCGUUAUCGCGACUAAUAUUUGAUAAAUCCGAUGAACUUUGUCCUUAGGUUGCUGCCGCGGACACUGAGUUAAAUGUGCUAGUGACGGCGAUGAGAAACCAGUUUCGUAUAGUUUAUGAUAAGUAAGUUAUUAAAAAAAAUAAAUAAAAAUAUGAAAUCCAUAAAUGUUCUCAUCUACUGUUGAGUUUUUGAAUUGUGUUAGAAAAUUAGAAAUUAAAGUAGCUUUUACGUUAAGCGUAUCAAGUUCAUUAUUCAAGUAUUUAAGUAUAUUAUUAUAUACACCAGAACUCUCCAUGACGAAAAAUAUUUAGAUAAUUAAUAAAGACAUGGUACUUUCGUUUUUUUACCAGAAAAAUUGUUUUAAUGUGAACAAAAAAUUCCAAUUAUAUUUCGACUACGAAAUGUCGAUUUUUGAAGUCAACGAACAAAGUAAGGUUCAGAAUUCAGUUGUUACAGACCAGAAUCAAUUGGAACAUUCUGAUGAACCACUUAAUAAAUUUAAAGUAUGUAUCAGUCUACUCAAUGGAAUUGCUAUUAUGUUUCAAUUUUAAUUUAUGUGUUAUUUCAUUGAUUUUUCAUAGGUAGAGACAAAUAACCGGUUUUGGAGUGUUGGUUCCAAACUAGUUGUUUGUCGAAAAUUUAUUAAUGACAAGUUAUCAAAGUCAGAAGAUGUCAAUAGAAUUGCUUUCUACAAUAAACUCAAAUGUCUAGCAAAUUGUGAAAAGGUCACGGGUUCAUGUGAACUCAAUAGACAAGUAAAAAUUAAAUUAUAUAUAGUAUGUAAUAUUAAUAUAAAUAUGUAUUUGUAUUUAAUAAAUGUUAUUAUUUUUGUUAAGUUAGUUAUUUGAUACUUUAUAUUUUUUACAUCCAAAAUGAUAUUAUUCAUAAAGAUUUAAAAAUACUUACCGUAAUCAAUUCUGCGAAAAUUUCUUACAAAAAAAAUCAUUAAAAAACUUAUUCACCAUAGCAAUCUGCUUGUAUCAGCUCUUUUAUUCUAUGAAAUACCAAGCAUCCUAACCCAUCAUUUACAGCAGAAAUGGUGCUGUGACCUAAUUAAAUAAAUGGAAUGCCUCUGAAAAGGAAAUAAAGUAUAUGUUAAUUUUAUAGACUGAUACCACUGGGUUUUAUCUUACUUUUCAUUCUAUUUAAAUCAUGUAUAUAAAAUACCCUCAAUUGUACUUAUUGCACCUAGCAGUGUAGAUUGUAUAAAUCUUGUAAAUAAAAAUAAAAAAAAAUUUAUUUUCUCCUAGUUAAGCCAAGAAGAAGUUUUAUGGCAGAGUGAACUUAAAGACUUAAUAUGGUUAGAAUUGCGAGCUAGACUAACUGAUCGAACUAUAAUGAGCCAAGACAAAUAUCUUUGUGAAGAAAGAAAAAAUAUUUGUACACUACUCGAUGAAAUUAUAAAUUUUAGGUAUACUAGGUAUUAUUAGUAAAUAUAAUAUUUUAAACUAAUAAUCUAAUUUUAGUUUCAGAUUUAAUGUAUUACCUUCAAAUAAAUCUUGUAAUGAAACCAAUAAUACUUCUGGUAAAAUAUUAAAUUUUGUACUCUAUUAAUUUAUACAAAUUGAUAUGAAUAAUAUGAAUUUUAUAGACGAAAAUCUUGGCGAGUGUUCAUGUCGCAGUGGAUGUCUUGUAUUAUUCUGUUCUAGAUGUAUUGAACAACAAAAUUUGGCUUUAUCUCAAGUACAAAAAUUUAUGGAACGAUUAGAGUAUGCUGAAUCAUUAUUUCCAUCAAGUAGAGCAUUUGCUGCACAAUAUCCUGUAUUUAAAAGUGCUGAAUUCACUAAUCGAGUUAAGGUAACAUUUUCAUCCAUGUGUUUUUAUAUUUUAGUCGUUGACUACUUAAAUAUUUUAUAAGUAGAUCAUAAUAACAUCUGUUAUUUUAUUUUGUUCUGUAAUACCAAAACUAUUGUAUUGAUAAAAAUACAUUUAAAAAUAUAUUUUUUUUAAUUAGAUUUAUAUAAUUAAAGUACCUAAAUAAAAAUAUUAAUAUAAUAAAAAAUGUUUUUAUUCAUAAAACAUAUUAUAGUAAGUGUGUAUAGAACACAAUUUGUGUACAUUGUGUAGAAUAUUGUUAAAUUAAAAAUUGAGUAGUAGCUAGUAGUUUGACUUAAAUUUAAUUUAAUUCACAGGCGUUGUGUGUAUGGUACAACAUGACAAAGAGACAGCGGUUGAUGUUGUUAAUUUUAGGUCGCCAUUUAAUGAAAGAAGAAGAAGUAGAAUUGGAACCAUUAAAUCAUUUGAUGGCAACUAGUAGUUGUAGUUCAGAUUCUCCAAAGUAAUGAAAGAAGUACAAUAGUGAAUAGUGUAUCAUUUAAAAUUAUUUGUAUCUGUUUGUAUUUUAGUGCAUCAAAUGAUAGUGGUAAAGGUUCAUUAACUCCUUCUCCUAGAACAAGUAUUGGUAAUUUAAUUAGUGUUAAUAAACUUUUAAAUUUAAAACAAAUCAUAAUAUUUGUAUAAACUAUUGGACAACUUUUUCUAAAUAAUCUAUUUAAAUUGUCAAUAGAAAAUCAUGAAUUUAAGUUCAAGAGAAAUACUGCUAAUUAUCGAGAACCAAUAUCAUAUAAAGAUCUUGAUUUAUAUAACACCCAGCCUAUAGCUCACCUAAGACAACAUUUUUUCCCAUACACAAUUGGUGUAAAUUCAUCAUGUUACGCAUCUCAAACCUACAGGUUAGUAAUAUUUUGUUUUAUACAUAAUUGUUACAAAUUAUGAAACAAGUAUAUUCCCCUGGACAUCCUUUUUGCCCCAAAAAAUUUAACUAUUUUAAAUUCAGUUCUAAAAAUAUGUAUUCUGAAAGAAAAAAAGAUGUCUAGUAAAUUAGAUUUAUACCAAAAUUAUGUUAAAUUUUAUUCAGGAUUUAUUAAAUAUAAUAUAUGUAUAUAUAUUUUGAUAAGACAAUUCAAAUAAUUUGUGUUUAUGUUUUAGACAAUUUAUUGCUGGAGUUUUAAAGACCAAGGGUUUGAGAAAAGCUUUAAACUUUCUCGAUGAUUUAUAUAAAAAUGUAUUACGUAAGGCGCAUUUAACCCUUAAAGACCAGUCAACAAUAGUAAGUAAUUUAAUAUUUAAUACUGACUAAAAUAAUUUUGUAAAGUUUUUAAAGAAUUAAAUAAUUUUUUAGGAAGAAGAUAAUAAAAAUCUCAUUCCUCACGACGAAGAACUAUUGCGUUAUGGUUAUUGGAGUCAAGAAUCAAAAGAAUUGAACUUGCCUUCGUAUAGAGCAACAUUCAUUUUUUUGUCACGUAUUCCAUUGGAUCUUAUUCAUGCUUAUCUUCGUAUGAGACUUGAUACUAGACCGGAGAAACCUUCAAUAAUGAGCAUAAGACAAGUAAUAAAAAAAAAAAUACUUCUGAUUAAAUAUAUUUUAUGUUUAUGUUAAUAUUUAACAAUUUUAGCUGACCUGCGAGUUAAAAGAAGGUUUAAUGCUGGCUGUUGUACUUAGGAAACGUUUUGUUCGUCACAUACAAUCAACAUUAUGGUAUGAUAAAGAUAUUGGGAUGAAAAUAUUCCAAGAACGUAUUAGCCACUUUGAUGAGUGUACCAAAAUUGUUUUGGACGUUUAUUUGGGUUACAUGGAGCAAUGGGUAGUUAUGAUGGGAUAUUGUAAAGCGCAAAAAAAUAUACUAGAAGAAGAAUGGAAUGAUAUGAAGGUUAUUAUACCUCAUAUACCAGAUGCUAUGACAACAGUCACAAAAACAUUCUGGUAUGUUAUUAUUAGAACUAACAUUACAAAAUUAAAAUUAUAAAACAUUCAGUUUUAAAUAAAAAACAAACUAAUUUGUGUUCACAUAAUAUCUUCAAAAUAUGAUUCUAAAAAUACUAUAUUAUGCAUAUAAUAUUUUUUUCUUCUUCCUGGCAUAACUAUAUAAAAGUUUUUGCCACCACUUUUUUCCACUCUUCGUGGUUAUUUACUUUUAUUUUUCAAUCCAUUACACCUAGUUUCUCCAUAUCCUUUCUUAUUCCAUUAACCCAUUCGUUUUCUUGGACUUCCUUUUCCUUCGUUGACUUCCAUUCUACCGUUGCUUUUAGAUUCUUUGAGGUUGAUCACCCUAUCACAUAUGUGAACCAUUUAAUUCUUUGUGCUUUCACAAAAUUUAUCAUCCUUGGUAUUCCUGUAAGUUUGUCUAUCUCUUAGUUUUUUUCUUCUAUGCCAACAACCCAAAUCAUGGUCAUAUACUGGACCAUUUGAUUGUUGACUGCAGGUGUUUCUGAUUAUUCCCAAUUAUAUUGAAAAAUACAAAUUUUCCUAUUUUGUGUGCACCGAAUAGAUACAAAAAUACAAUAAUAAAGGUUACUUUUUUGAUUGGAGCAAGAUUUCGUGUAGAAAAGGUAUAGAUAAAAAACAAAUACCUGCAGUUUAACCCAUAACUUAACUUUCUUGGCUGGUCCGACUGUAGUAUUAUCAUAAGUAAUGGAACUGAUAUUUAAUAUAUUGCUUUAAAAAUACAUUUGAACCUUUUUAAAUUAUAUAUGGUAUCAAAAUCAAGUUUUGUUCUAUAGGCUUACCUUAUACAGUAUUAAUGUAUGUACAGUGAAUUAUUUAAGAUACAUUUUACAUAUAUAUUGUAAAUUUGUAUUUUCUGAUAAUCCUACCUUUCAGUGUUCCAACCAUAAGCCCAGUCUCUAAGGUGACAGAUUACAAGGGUUAUACUAUAAUAGUAACCCAUACAUUUGUUUACUCUGGUGAACUAGAAAACAAUUCUGGGAAAAUUCAAAUUUCAGGGUAACCAUAAAAAUAUUAUUGUCAUUGAAUUCAUAUUUUUCUCAUUGCACUGAAUGAUCAGAAGUUAUAUAAUGUGUUUGAACGUUAACUUCCUCCAAUAAUCUAUGAGUCCAUUUUUAAACAUUGAAAAUUUUUAACAAAUUUACAAUUGUUAUUAAUUUAAUAAAAAUGAUCUUAUAAAAAUGUAUUAUUAGAUUUCAAAUAGCUUAUUCUAAUAAAUGUAUGCAUUUACACAUAAAUCCACUCCUUCCCUAGUUAUAAAUAUGUGAUUUAUCCAAAGUAGAAAGAUUACAACGAUUUAUGAUUUGACUUUGCUAUUUAUAGUAUUAGAUACUGAAGAAAUAUUUUGAAUAUUUCCCUUGAAUAAUAAAAAAAAAAUUGAAUUUUUUUGGGGAAUAUUGAUUGAAACUACAAGAACACCUAAGAAUUUGUUUAAUAUUAUUAUUUUUUAUAUUUAGUCAAAUUGCAAAACAUAUGCUAGAAACAAUAUUAAAACAUUAUAAAGAGAACACUCUUGAUCAAACUAAGAUGAUAGUAAAAAAUGUUGAUCAUUCUCAAACCAAGUAAUUCUUAGUAUACAUAGCUAUCAAAAUAUUAUGCUAUUAAAAAUAUAUAAUACAUUUAAAUGUUUAUACUUUUAGGCAAAACUUAUUAGUCAUAUGCAGAGAAUUACAAAAUUCACUGAGUAUAUUCAGAGAAAAAUCAUUUCUUGUAAUGUCACUGGUUAAAAAUAUUUGUAAAAAUAUGAUUGAACAAUAUAAAAAAGAUAAAAUAAACAAUGUUAAAUUUGAUGGACCUUUGCCUCCUAUUUUGACUACAAUGAUACCUUUAAAAGUAUGCAAUUAUCUCAUAAAUUAUUAUAAUUUAAUAUAAUUUUUAUUCACAAAAAAUUACUUUUAUAUUUUUAGCAAAUGCAAUUUUUGGACCGUGUUUUUCACUAUGUGCAAUGAUGACAUGGUUAUCAAAAUGUACAUAUUUUGCUUAAUAAAAGUAAUUUUUUGUAAACUUGAUUUAAUAUUGACAUUUUUUUAAAACUUAAUGGACAUUCUAUUGUACUGUCACAGGAAAAGUUAUUAGAAGUUUGUCAUUGUAUUAUUGAAAUAAUCGCUUCUAUAGAAGAAACAGUUGAUAGUUGCAGUAAUGACAUUGAUGAUGUAACUCUAGCACCUCGUAUACGUGAAGUUUUGCACCAAAUGUAUAAAUUUGGAUUUGAAGUACGUAUAAUUUUCUUUUAAAAUACUUUAAAUCUUAAGUUAAAACUUUAAAUUUUUUUUUUGAUGUGUUCUACUUAAGCAUUGUCUGUUAUAUAAGUAUACAUCUAUUAUAAAGUGAAAUAAAAAAUACAAAAAUACUUCUCACCAUGAUUGAACUAAUAUUGUUGGGGGAAAGGUAACGGAGAAAUUUAAUUUAUAUUUGCGCGACAAUUAACAAUUUUGAGCAAAGUUCAGUUAAUAGCAUUGCUUUGUCAAUAAUAUAUAUAUAUAUAUAUAUAUAUAUAUAUAUAUGUUAUAUUAUGGUAAAAUAAUUGCAUAUGCAUUAUAUUAUUUCUUAAAUAAUAUUUUUUUAAUAUUGUACCUAUCUUACAUCAAUGAUGACAGUCUAAUAUGCUGUAAAAAAUUCUAUAUUACAUUCAAUUUUUUUUCACGUAGUACGACUUAUAAUAAACCUCUUGUUGAAUUUUUAAGUAUUUCUGUUUGGUUUAAUAAUUUUAUUCACAGAAGAGUACCUACCAAAAAAAAUUACAUAAUAUUAAAAUGUCUAUAGCUCAAAAUGGCUACAAUAUUUAGAAAAUUUUACCACAUUUAGAAAAGGCAAAUAUAAGCUUUUUGUCCAGACCUUAAGUCUACAAAUAUUUUUAAAUUGAUCAAUACAAAGCAAAAAUAACAAAAAAUUGAGAACAAUACAUUUUUUAAACUUUCCUGUUUUUUACAUUUAUUAUGAAAACAGUUGGAAAAAUCAAAAAUGAUCUCACUAAACUACCAUCCCAGUUAGAUUUUUUCAGAAAAAGUGUUACAUUUGAAAUUUAGAGCAAAAUUCUAGAAAAAUUAUUACAGGAAAAAAGUAUAAAAAAAUACAUUUCCCUGUUCUCGCUCCACUUAGAAUUAAAAAAAAAAUAAACAUCAUUGUUUAACUCCUCGCUCCACUUAAAAAACCUUAGUUAAAUACUUCUUUGGUCUCACAUUCUCAGAAUGUUCUCCAUGUUUGGUAUAAAAUAUAUUUUGUGAAAGUUUUAUCAGAUUUGGUUAAUAGAGUUUGUACAAUGUAUUCAUGUUAUCAAUGUUAUUAACAAACUGAUAUAACAUUUGUGCUCACUAACUGAAGUUAAUAUGCUGACUAUGCAAAUAAAUAAGAACUAUAUUUGUUUUAACUGUUCUUUAUUGGCUUGGGGACAGAAAAUGGUAUCCAUCUUUAAUCUCAAAAGAUAAUUUUCAGUUUGAUUGCAGUCAAUUGUCUUGUAAUUAUUGUAACAUCAGGAGUGGAUAUUAUAAAAUAACUUGGAUGUACAAAUAAUUCAAAAUGGAAUGGGCAAGCACAAGAAACUGCAGUGUAUGUUAAUAGAAUAAUGGAAUUAACUGAACAUACUCAUUUAAUGUUAUUUACUACAACAGCUAAUAUUAAUGAUGGAAAUUUAUAUUUACUUGAAAAAAAAAUAUCAAAAGACCAUUAUGUUUAGCAUGUCGACAUCACGUAUUUGAAAUUUUUAUUAAGAAUUUUUAAAUGCGUUGAUAAGAGUUUCAAGUUUCUAAUCUUAGAAGAUAAAAUUGCAAAUGAUUAUUAUAGACCUUGAGAUUUUAAGUCAGAUACAUAGUCAAGUUAAUUUAAUGUUUGAAAAUCUACUUAUUUUGAUUACAGUUGAAAGUCCAGAACUAUCUAAUAUUUGAGUUUUCAAAGUUAUUGGGCUAUACAUUUAUGCUAAGUAAUAGUAUUCAUGUAGAGAAAUAGCUCCUUACAAAAAUCCAAAUCUUUUUUAAAGGGACUUGAUGAAUACCAAAAAAUCAAAAAAAGUUAUUGUCAAUGCCACUAUUAAAAGCUUCUCAAGACAUUCUGUGAUUUAAAUGAGACAUUUAUUAAAUUAUCUUUUUUUGACAAUAGAGUAUCUUCUGAGUGCCUAAAUUCAAUACAGAACAGUUAAAAUAUAAAGCAAAAGAAAGAACUACAUUGAAGAAAUAGAAUAUAGGUAUAUACAAGAAAUAUUAGUUUUAAUUUUGAUUCAAAUGCCAUUAAAAAUUGUUAAUAUCUUCAAAAGUGUUAAAAUAUAUGAAAGAAUUUUAACUUGCGCCUUAAGAGGUUUUUUUUUUUUUUGAAAAAAAUGUGAUCUGUAUGGUUUUUCAUACAAACUUCUAAACUAUAUAUUCUAUACAAUUCUAACAUAUUAAUGAUAAACUGCUAUACUACAGAAAAUAUAAUAUUAAACUAAAGAUUGGGAGUUUGUACAAAUAGUGACAUCUUUGUUACAAAAUUGACUCUUUACAGUGACACUAAACAACAGAUGGAGAAGGCAUCAUAAUGGCCUAUCACAGGGAAGUGUCCUGGCCCUAAUGCUUUUUAAUUUGUACAUUAAUGAUUAGUCUAUACUGAAAAAUACAAAGCACUUCUAUGCAGACCACCUGACAAUUACAGUCUACGAUACAUCUUUUGAGAAAGUCCAAGAUAAACUAGUCAAUUCCCUAGAAUUUGUGAACAAAUAUUAUAUUAAAAAUCAGCUGAAACUGAAUCCAAGCAAAACACAAGUGUGUUUUUUUUACAUAAGAAACAGAUGCUAAAAAGCGAAUUGAUAUUAAAUGGCUUGGCAACUAGCUACCCUACACUGACUACCCAGUUUAUGUUGGAGUAACACUAGACAGGACCCUAACAUAAAAUGAAAAUUGCAUAAAAACGAAAAUGAAAGUACAUACUAAAAAAAACUUAUGAAACUUUGGCUACUCAAUGGGGAGUACGGCCACACACAACGCGUACAACAGCAUUUGCCCAGCAUUACCCAGUGUGGAGUAGGUUAAAACAUGUCAAACACGUAAACAUUGUACUUAAUGAUACCUGUAGAGCAGUAACAGGAUGCUUUCGUCCAACACAGAUAAACAAGAUAUACUGCCUAUCAAGCAUUUCCCCACCAGAAAUAACACGGAGAAUAACAACAGACCUAAAAAGUACAAAGCAGUAUUCACGCAGGAGAACAGAAAUACAUUUUUUUAGUCAAACUGUUGACGAGAUAUUCAACUUUUGAGUUAUGGUAGGAGAAGAAUAGUGGAGCGCUCCACUACUGGAGAAGAGUAGUGGCGCCUCACAAAUGAUACUCCACUACUCUCCCCCUACCUAAAUUUUAAAGUGGAAUAUCUCAUAAACGGUUGAUGGAAAUCAAAAAUGUCGACACCAUAAUUCAUUUAAAUUAAUACUCCAUAUAUUUAUGGAAUUUUUAACAUAGGGUAACAUUUGAAAAACCAAAGUUACCACUGGAUACUCUUUAAAUGUUGUCAAAAAUCUAAGCAUACGAAAAUAUUGGCUUUAACUACAUUUAAAAAGUCCAAAAAUCGAAAUUUUAAUACUUGAAAAAUUUAACUGAAAAAAUAGGGUGAACACACUUAGAGUGAAUCACUCUGUUUAUACAUUUAUUUAUUUAUUAAUAUACAAUAUAAAAUAUGUUUUUUUUAAAUAAGAUUUGCAACCAAAAAGAUAACAAUUUUUUGUCAAUCUUCUAAUUAGAAUAUUUUUUAAUUAACUUAGAUGGUGCAAUCUUAUAUGAACAUAACAUUUUUUUUAAUCAUUAAUCUAAUCUAUUUUUGUAUAUUUAUUAGUAUCACAAAGAAACUAACAAAAUUUUGUGUGGUCCGUACCAAGACCAAGCAACUCUUUACAAUGUAUCCAUUUCAAAACGUUGGAUAAAUUUUGUACACAAACGUUGUGAACCUGGGCGGGGUUUAAAGCCUAAAUGGGCAAAUAAUGGAUUGGAUUUUUUACUUAGUGUUUGUGAACCUCAGAAUAUUGCUGGACUCAGCGAUGAAGAAUUUAAGGUACAUUCAGGGUAAUUAAUUUACCGUGAUUCAUCAAUUUUCACAGAGAAUUUGAUUUUUUUUUACCAUUAUGAAUUUGUUUGUAUUUCAACACUAUCUUCACAUUUUAACUCAUACUCCUUAGUUUUUACACCUUGAAUGAAUAUACACAGUGAAUGUUUAUUAAAUAUAUAUCCCAAAUUCAAAUAGAUAAAAUUCUUCAAAACAUUAUUAUAUGUAUAUAAUUUAUAUUGGAUUCAUAGUUUAUGAGUUAUGUCUGUUAAAAAUUUAGACAGGUAGAGUAGGAAAGGGUUAUAAACUUCAUAUCAAUUUUUAGAUGAUAAAUUGAUAUUCCUUACCUACUUUAGGUCUAAAUUAUCUGUCACACUUAUCAAUAUGUUAACUAUUUAUCUGCAUAUGCCAUAAUUUUUUAAUAACGAAAUAUAAAUAAUUUAUUAACUGUCCAAUAACUUGUUAUUAGUUUAUUUGAUAGAAGUGUUGUGCAUAACAAAAUGUUGAAAAUAUUAUCUAUAUUUGAAUCUGUAUUAAUUCUGUUGGGAGGUUUCUAUUUAAAAAUCCAAAAUAUAUAAGGAGUAGGAUGAAAAUAAUGUAAAAAUAGAGCUUAAACAAUUCCAUAAUGGUUAAAACAUAGAAAAAUUAAAUCCACUUAAAAUCCUCAAAGAAAAUUGGUAGAUUGUGAUAAAUAUAUCAUUCUAUAUUAUAAACAUAGACCUACAUGAAAUUUAAUAAAUAAUAUAAUGUAAUUUUUCAUAUAGGAUUUUAAUAUUUUGAUAGAAAAUUGUAUAGUAUAUAUUAUUGGAAAAACUGAUGAUGGUUCUUCAUCCUUUUCAAAUCAGAGUUCAAAACCUAUAAAACGAAAUUCUUCCGUAAUUGAAGGCAGGAAUAAAAUUUUAAAGACCGAAAAAUCUUUUAAAAGUGGUAAUAACAAUAAUUAUUGUUGACAUAAUUUAGUUUUAUUAACUUGUGUUUUAAAUGAUAAAUGUUGUAGCCAUUGAGAGAAACGUACGUGUAAUGGAUGCUGUUAAUAAACUAGAUCAUAACUUAGAAGAAAAGUUAAGAUCACAAGAGUUAAUCGGUCAGGUUCGGCAUGAUUACAAUAUUGAACGUAUUGAAUAUGUUCGGCCCCGUCCAGUUCAUUUUAGUUGGCAGAGAGGUAUAAAAAUAGGACAGGGUCGUUUUGGCAAGGUUUACACUGCUGUCAACAAUGAAACCGGAGAACUGAUGGCCAUGAAAGAAAUACAAUUACAGCCGUUUGACCAUAAGGCCAUUAGAAAUGUAGCCGUAGAACUUAGAAUAUUUGAAGGCAUUACUCAUACUAACCUCGUGAAAUAUUAUGGAGUAGAAAUUCAUAGGGUAAAUUAUUAAUUGGCUUAUUGGAGUAAAAAUUAUUAUUACACUUUGAAUAUUCUUUAUAUAGGAAGAGAUGUUAAUAUUUAUGGAGUUGUGUGCUGAAGGGACAUUAGAAAAUUUAGUUGCUGCUACAGAGAAUGGAAUGCCAGAAGGUCUCGUGCGUAGAUUUGCUAAACAGUUAGUCAGUGGUGUGGAUAUUUUACAUCGACACGCUAUUGUUCACAGAGAUAUUAAAAGUAUGAUAUUCACGCAAAAAAAUUUUAAAUCUAUAUUUUUCCUUGUCUUUUAUAAUUAGGUGCAAAUAUAUUUUUGACUGAUGGUGGAAACUGUUUAAAAUUGGGUGAUUUUGGUUCUGCAGUAAAAAUGAAAUCGCAAACCACUGUGCCUGGUGAACUAAAAGGAUUUGUUGGAACACAAGGUAACAAAUCAUACAUAAGGCUAUUAAAUAAUUACUCUAUUUAACAACUGUAUGAAAUAUUGUCAGCAUAUAUGGCGCCAGAAGUUUUUAUGAAAUCUAAUACAGAAGGACAUGGCAGAGCAGUUGAUAUUUGGUCAAUAGGAUGCGUUAUAAUUGAAAUGGCAUCAGGCAAAGUACAAGCUCUUAGUAGAACAAUAUGUUGUCUGUGAUCAAAAAACUAUUUACUUUCGUUUACAGAGACCUUGGCAUGAGUAUGAUUCAAAUUAUCAAAUCAUGUUCAAAGUGGGCAUGGGCGUUUUGCCCACCAUACCAGAUACGUUAAGUGAAGAGGGUCAAGAGUUUGUCAACAGAUGUCUGCAGCAUAAUCCAUAUAAAAGGGCUACCGUUUCAGAACUACUAGAACAUAACUUUAUAAAAGUAUUUAGAAUAGUAAUCAAAUAUCAUAAAUCAACAAUAUUAUUAACCUAUUGGUGUGAAAUUUGUUUUCUGUAGGUCACUCCUGAAGAAUCAGUUUUUUGUCGAAUAUCCUCUACUGCAAUGUUAGAGGAAUACAUCAAGUUAGGUUUUAAACGAUAGCAUUCAGUAUUUAUUUAUUUAUCAUUA